GCAGCAGGAUGUAACUAAAAGAAGUGAACGCGUCAUACACGUUUAGGAUCAAUGUUGUUUCGUUCUCUGGUAAGAGCAACAGACCGUGUUCAACGAAUCUCUAUGAACCCCAAGUUCUGGUUGGUAAUCGCCUUUUUCACUUCUUGGAUUCGUGCGCGUAAAGUUGAUGGGCAAUGUCACACAACGGAGUACUCUGUCAAAGGAAUGUAUCUUCGAGGUCACACAUUCAAAAACGUACAAGUUGGACUGCACGAGUCCUGCUACUUCAAGUGCACCGAAGAAGUCACAUGUCAGAGCUACAACUUCGUCAUUGGUCAAAACAUUUGUGAGCUUAACAAUCGUACAAAAGAAGCAAGACCUAAAGAUUUUUUGCCAGACAAGACGAGAUACUACAUGAGACGUCUCACUAACAGAGUAUCCCUGGGAUCCAUCCCACAGCUUCCAGCUGAAUCAUGCAGUGAGAUCAUAGCCAGUGAAGGAGGUGCGGUGGAAUACAAGAAAUACUGGAUACACUCCGAUGGGAAGAAUGGGUCAAUUGAGGCUUACUGUGAAGGUGGCUGGCAGAAGGUAAAUGGCAAAGAUCCAGUCUGCUUUGGAACCAAAGGCAACAUGUACGGUUCCAUCAACAUCACGAAAACUGGACACCUCAGGACAAUGAAGCUCAUUCACAAAAAUGGAUCGCUACAUUGCAAUUCAGAAACGAGUCCAUCUUUCUGGGGCUGCACCUUCGCAUCAUAUGGCAAAAAACUGUCAACAAUUAUAACAGAUACCGGAAAAAAUAUCGUUCUACCUCCCGUCGAAGACUUAGAAGGUUUUCCUGCCUCAAAACUUCACGGGUGUAGCACCAAGAAACACUUCUACAGUCUUGGUGAGACUAGCCACAAUUCUACAGUGCUAGUUUUCCGUAACCUUUCCAGUCCAUUGUCUGUGUCUCGAAAUCAAGAGUUGCAGAUAUGGUAUGGGCAGGAUUUGAAAGACUGUUCGGAAAGACAGAACAGUGGUUCAGCUUGUGUUGAUGUGUAUGCAUGGUACGCGUAAGAGAACCGUCACUCCGCCCGUCCUUUCUUUUGUUACUUGUGGGCAUCUGUAAGACGCUGGUACUGUACAUUACCAGUUUACAUUUCGUAUCUUCGUAAAAA